AUGGAUGGCGCCCACCCGGAGAAUGCCAUUCGGUACUUCGCGGUCAUCGGAGCUGAAGCCAAAGCGAACGAUGCCGACUCGGCGGAUCCACUCCCGGUGUCCGUCCUGCAGAGAUAUCCUUUGGAGGAUCACUCCGACUGCAGGUUUCCUCCAGCCCUCGCUUCCUUCUGUUUCCCUCGUGGAGGUGCCCAAUUGCUGUCGCAGGAGGAAGAGGUCUCGGACGCCUUACACGGCUUCGUCCUCACCAACGAGGCGGGCGAGCGCGUCUUCGGAGCGGCUCUUCAUAUUUGGUGUCCGCAUGGCUCCGGCUGUUGGAUGCAGAAGGCCCUGGCGGUCGUCAGCACGCAGCCAUUGUGGGGGGCCUUUCGCGCCUUCCUCUGCAGCUUGCGUGCCUCGAGCUGCCCGGAAAGGUUCAUCGUCAACUUCGUGGCUGAGAUGCCGUUGCCGCCCCCGGGCUUUGUGGUGACCGUGGCCCUCCCCGGGUUUCCAGAACUUGCGAUUCACCGCCCCGCGCCGAACCAACUGCCUUUGCUCGACCUGCCAGUGAAGUUGGAAGCAUAG